AUGUCUUCCACCUGCUUCCUCUGCCACCGUUGCAACAAGCCCCUGAAAAUCUCACCGGACCUCUCUGCAAUGCAGAGGAGAUCCUUGGAAGCCCAGCAUCGUGCCAGUCCUUCUCCAAAGAUGCCAGUUUCUGGGAAACUAGAGGACAGGACCUCCAGAAGACGCCAUCCUGACCCUGGCAGGACAUCCCAGGAAGGUGCUUGCUGCCCCUUCACUCUGCUUGGUGAGCCGAGCACCCAGAGAACUUUGGACAGUAUCCAAAACACUAUCUUAGAGACCUUCAAAAUCGUCUCUGGCCAAAAGGAUGUGGAUCACCCGCUCUGUGUGGACUGUAUGGACGGCCUCUUGGAGGAGCUAGAUGCCCAGCUCACUCUAGCUGAAGCUGACAAUCAGAAGUACAAAAGUUUCACGGAGAGAGAGUCCCUGGUGAGUGAUGAGGAGCGGGAGGUCUUGAAUGCAGAGCUUCAGGCUGAGCUGCAGAGUCUGGAGCAGGAAGAAGCAAGGCUGACUCAGGAGCUGCAGGACGUCGACCAAGAGCAUGCAAGAAUAGAGGCCGAAAAAGCAGCGGAGGCAGAGACCAGGGAGCUCGAACAACAGGAGGAACAGGACUUGAAGGACUACGCUGCCUUGAAGAUGGAAGAGCUGGAGCUGACGGGCGAGCUGAGCAGUGUGGAGAACCAGUUGGUGUAUGUCCAGGGGCAGCUGCAGAGCCUGAGCAAGACCGACAUCUUGAACAUCACGUUUACCAUCUUGGAUGAGGGUCCCUUGGGCAUUAUCAACAACUUCAGGUUGGGCCGCAUCCCUGACAUCCAGGUGGGAUGGAAUGAGAUCAAUGCCGCCUGGGGACAGACAGCCUUGCUGCUCUUCAGCUUGUCCAAGCUAUCUGGACUACAAUUCCAGAGGUACGAACUAGUUCCCUGCGGGGACCAUUCCUACAUCAAGUCCUUGACUAGUGAUGAAAUGCUGCGCUUGUUCUCGGAUGGGAGCCACAACAUCUUCUAUGAUAACAAGUAUGACCGUGGGAUGAAGGCCUUUUUGGACUGCCUACAGCAGUUUGUGAAGAUGCUACAGAAGGAGGAAGGCCUCUUCCUGCCCUACAGGAUCCACGUGAAGGGAGGUAUGUUGGAGGAUACCACGGGCAGUGGGAAAUGCUACUCCAUCAGGACCCACCUGAACACGGAGGACGAGUGGGCAAAGGCUCUUAAAUUCAUGCUUACCAACUUAAAGUUGAUUCUUGCUUGGGCUUCGUCAAAGUAUUAUAGUAAGAAGUAA